AGCGUGGAGGAGGGAGGUAGAGGCAGUCUGACACAGUACUGGAGGUGGUGUGUGGGUGCUGACACAGAUUCAGAUUAAUAUGGGACAAGAAAUGUGAGUGCUGAUAAUGAAUUACACAGGAAAAGCCUCUCAAGACAAGUUGUUGCAGAUGAACCUGCAACACUUGUCAAAUUUUUCACUGAAUGUUGUGAGAGGCAUUGUGCUGGAAACAUGGAUGAAAGUGGCCAGAAAUUUAUAAUUCAUAAGUGAUGUACAUAAUAGACACACAAGGACACAUUCCAUAUGUUUACUGUAGAUAUUAAUCAAAUAUAAAUAUAACUGUAUAUACAUCCCAGAUAUAAAAAUGAAAAAGAGAACUCCAGUGCAAGUCCUGGAUUAAUAAACUGGUAUAUACAGUACUGUAUGUACCUGUCAAAAGCUGUGAUAAAUUAGCUCAAUAAAACAGAUGGAUAACUAAGAUAUGCAGUAUAUAUUGUAGAUUAUUACUAAAUAAAGAAAAGUUUUCAGUGUACUAUUGAAUGUCUGUAAGAAUAUCACUGGAAUGAAAAUGCCACAGAAAUUGCAGUGAGAAACUGAAGUCCAGUUAAUACUGAGUAUGUAUGCUAUUCUGAAAGGUAAAAUUAAAGAGAUGAGUAUGUUUAGAAAUAGUGAUGAUUUUUGCUCUGGACUGCAAUGAUUCUCGGACUUUAUACUGAAUAAUUUAAUGGCAUUCCAUGGAGAUGCAUACAUUCCAAAACAGAAACAGUCUUUCAAAGAUUUAAAAAAGUGGGCAUAAAGAAAAAGUCGCCACAAUGGAGCACAGUGAGCUCAUUGCCGAAAUGGCAUACAUUGAAAAGCUGUCAACUCAAGAGCGGCUGAAAUUGGCAAGACGUCGUCGUAUGCAACAAAUGAAGAAAUGGUCACAGAAGGAGAGGGAGAUAGCUGGCAGCAAGAGAGAAAAAACUGCACAAAAUGAAGCACAGAAGAGGAGAAGAGAGAAAAGGAAGAGUGUUAUGUUCAUUAGCAAUGUAAUGCUACUGGAAGCUGCCGCCAGGAAUGAUAUUGAGGAAGUGCAAGCACUCCUGGAGGCAGGUGUGAAUCCUGAUUCAACAAAUGAGGAUGGGUUGACAGCUCUGCAUCAGUGCUGUAUUGAUGACUCUGAAGAAAUGAUGAGACUCUUGGUUCACCACGGAGCUGAUGUAAAUGCUCAGGACUCUGAGAAAUGGACUCCUCUUCAUGCAGCUGCAACCUGUGGCCAUCUUCAUCUUGCCAAGUUCCUCAUUGCCAAGAGUGCCAAUCUUCUUGCUGUCAAUGCUGAUGGCAACAUGCCAUAUGAUAUAUGCGAAGAUGAUGCCACUCUUGAUUAUAUUGAGAGUGAGAUGGCUCGUCGUGGGGUCACUCAACGACUCAUUGAUGAGACCCGGUCUGCCACUGAGACAUACAUGCUCAAUGAUCUGAAGAGCAUGAAGAGUGAGGGACAAAGCCUCAUGUUUCGUGACCAUCAAGGAGCAACUCCACUUCACAUAGCAGCAGCCAAUGGGUAUGUCCGAGUGGUGGAGUACCUCUUGAGUCAGAAUGUACCAACUGAAGUGAGAGAUCACGAUGACUGGUCACCUCUUCAUGCAGCUGCCUGUUGGGGACAUCCUGAUGUUCUGGAGCUGUUGGUUCAGAAUGGUGCCAACCUUCAUGCUCGGACUAAGAACCAAGAGACUCCCUAUGAUAUAUGCGAGGAUGCAGAACUGAGAGAAAGAAUCAUGCAACUCAUCAGUGAACAGGAGACAAAGAGGCUUCAUGACCAAACAAGAAGGGUUCGUCGUGCACACUCCAAUACACGAACACAGUCAGUGCGGCGAACAUCUAUACGGGAGAAAACAUUAACACCAAAGAAAGAAGCACAGGAGGAAGCAAGAAUAAGACUUCAGUUAGAACAUAAAAAGCCUUUGCAGGAGGACUCCCCAUCACUGGGUGGACUACGAGCAGUUAAGGAAGGAGGAGAGGGCUCUCCACUGACUUCAUUCCCAGCAGUUAUUCCUGCAAACACUACCACUAAUAAUAAUCCCAAUUACAGGUCUCCCUCAACAUUCGUGGUUUCAACUUUCGUGGGCUUCACACAUUCGCGAAUUCCCAACCGCCAAAUUCCCAGCCGCCAAAUCAUAUUUAAGUUUACCGCCACGAGUCCUUACUACCCUCCCUCCGACCUCUGCAACUGGCAGCCAGCCCUCCCACCACUGUGUGCAUCAGUUGCAAAAACAGAAAAGGAAUUAAUAGUGAGAUCAGGUAGCGACAGCAGCAGCCUCAUUUGCAAUAAUAAUGGGUAUAAAAUGAAAACCAGCAGCACUAAAAAAGAUGUAACAGAGGGUCAUCAGGCUUCGCCUCCCAUUCCUCCACCUCGGAGUUCAUCUGCAAGACAAGAUGUAAUUACAACCAAUGCAAAUGGAACCGGUGGAAAUGGAGGAGGAAUGGUUACUCACAGUGGAGAAGGUGGCAGUAAAAUAGACAUUCAUGUCACUGUUACUGUCAAUCCAUUCUCACCUGGGACACUGGCCGAUUUAAAGAAACAGCGUGCUAUGUCCCGUGCAUCACAAAGUUCAUAUACUCUGGCCUCUGCUGGAAGCACGUAUUCCCUUACCGCUCCUGAAUAUGAUCCUCGAACUCAUGGACGAAAUCCAGAGUUUACAGCCUCAUCUGUACGUGUUGAUACAGUUUCAUAUAGACCGCCAGCAUCUCCAUCUCUUACACCACGCAAGUUUUGUGGUGACCCAACCGAGGUUAUUGGUGGAGUAGAUGCACAGUCUUGUUGUAGUAUGAUGUGAAUAAAUUGUAUAUUUUUUUAAAUGCAGUCUGCAGUAAGGACCUUAUAAAAUAAAUGAUUUAAAAUUAUAUAUUGUAUUAAUCAAAUAUUGGAGCAAAUUGUGUAUCUGAUUCAUUAAAUAUAAAGGGUGGGAAUUACAAGGAUAAAUUUACAUGUGAAAACUUUUUUCAUUCUUAAUCUAGGAGACUUCAUUUCCUCUCUUACCAUAACUCAAAAUGUAGAUUAUUAUUCAGAAAGCUGCUUUCCUUCCCCAAGUCACUAAUGAUCAGGCACACCAAUAUAUUGGAAUAUGAAAUGUACAGUAUGUAGUUAUGCUCAACUAUCUUGUCAUUUGUUUAUUGACUAGCAAAUAUUAUUGUUGUGUAAGACUCCUUUAACUUUUCUAAUCUAGUAUCUCAUGGCAAAGUUGUAUAGCAGUACAUAAGCACCAACAGAAAUUUCAUUGGCCUGGGUCUGGAUUGCUCAUAUAGUAUGUAGGACCUGUAAUGAUCUUAGGUAAUGAUUACAUGUAUUUGGUAAAUUAGUGGACCUGUAUUAUUACUAUUAUAUUCAUGAGGAAGCUCUGGACCCAUAGGGGAGGUCAUGCAGCUUGUGGAUGUAUGUUAAUCCAGAUAUGGAGUACUCAUCAUUAAGUAUGCUAACCCCUCCUCCUCUAAAUUUAUAACCACAAAUUAUAAUCAUGGGAGCGCUAAAUCCAUAGGAUUAUACAGUGCCUGUGGGGAGGAUGGAAGGUAUUCAGACUCAAUUCAGGGAACUGGAAUACAGAUCGAAUUCCCUAGAUCAAGAGCCCCUCACCAGCAUCAAGGACCCUCCCUUGAGGGGCAUAACCACAAUAUAGGUCAUCCCUUGUACUCUAGGACAUCCUUGAACUGUCUAGAAAGUGAUUUACACACAUUCUUCAGGGUUUCAUAGGAUCAUUUUUCCCAUGACUCGCAAAUGGCACCACCCAGUCAUGAGCUAUAACUCAGCUCAAAGGUUCUUGGAAAUAAAUGGUAUAAAAUACUGACAAUGGAAAAAUAAACACAUAAGCAUUAUAAUGUGAUCCUUUAUUGACAACGUUUUGCCCACACAGUGGGCUUUAUCAAGUCGCAAACAGAUCUACCUGGGUGAAAGGUACGUGAGUAUAGGCUGGAGAAUGCUGGGUAGGUUGGAUCUGAUAUGGACCUGCACGGGACUGGUGGGUGCAUAUGUAGUUAUCCCACAUAACUACAUAUGCACCUGCCAGUCCCAUGUAGGUCCAUAUCAGAUCCAACCUACCCAGCAUUCUCCACCUGACACUCAGGUAGAUCUGUUUGUGACUUGAUAAAGCCCAAUGUGUGGGCGAAACAUUGUCAAUAAAGGAUCACAUUAUACUGCUUAUGUGUUUAUUUUUCAAAGGUUCUUGAUGGGGUUCAAGUCUGGGAAAUUUUUUGGCCAGUUAUCAAAGAAGAGUACCAGACAAUUAUGAAGCCACUGAACAACAGUUUUUGUGGUCUGGGAAGGAGCACAGUCUUGCAUAAAAAUCAUUGCAUCAUACUGCAUGAAAGAUUUGGGCAACUGAUCACAAAGUUAACAUUAGUGGGUACUUUUUUUUUUUUUUUUUUUUAGGCUUCCCUAGAAAUGCUUUUGGCAUGGGCAUGUCACCAACACUGUCCUCAAGGAAUUGACACAACCAGGUCCUCACUGAAUGCUCACACACAUUGAUGGUUUUUGGUGUUUCUUUUGUUUUAUGGCCUGCUUUAUGUAAUCCAGUGGUCUGUGCAAUAGUCUCUGUGUUAGCAACUUACUCCUGCCCAAAAUGCCAAAAAUGUCCAACAAACUCAGCCCUCAAAACUACAUGGCACAGGGGACCCCAGACACAAAAUCAUUUAUCAAACAAGCUUAUAGGCACUUAGGAUGCAGUCAGUAGCCUUGGGGAAUCCUAAAAUGGCCCACUAUGAAUCUUGCCCAUAAACUUACCAGGGUGGGGUAUUACUUUUGACAUUAAAAGUAUGCUGGGUGCCUUCCACCCAAAAUACUUUAAUGAUAAACACUAGACUAAUAAUAUCUGAAAUUGUUAGAGAACUUAGAGUAAAUAGUAAUUUAAAACUAUUUUCUUUUUUAAAUUCUCUUAUAUCAAGGAUUUCAAUAUUGCAGUUAUGAGUGGAUUAAUAUUUUUUGUGGCAUUUUGACUAUAGAUCUAUUUACUUUAAGCUGUUAUUCUGAGGGAAAUUAGUUUUUGUAAUAUUCAAAUUCAUACAUAUGUAAUGGUAAAGAUAAUUUCCCCAUCUCAAAAAGUUUUUUUUUUUUUUUUAAUAAUUCCUAUGCCAGUAUCAUGUGUCACUUCCUGUUGUACAGUAUGGUGAUAACUUGUGGUUACUGUGAAGCAUUGAUACCUUCCCUCUGUUGCACCAUCUGCUCAUAGUUUUGUACUGAAGUAGAUGAAGACUACACUCAGUUUCAUGUAAAAACCAAAAUAGCAUUUGAAACAUUGUAUCCCACUAAAAGUUUUGAGAAUAACAAUGUAUGAAAAUGUAUGCAAAUGAACUGUAAAGAUUCAUAGCAUCCUUGAUUUUAAGGAAGGAAUAUGCUUUGUGCCCUGUAUUUUAUGAUGAGAUAUUCUCCUCUGAACAAAUUAAGUGUUAAGUAAGUGUUAAUUAUGUACUGUAAUAUGGUGAUUGCUUAUUUUAAUCAGUAAACUAAGAAUGGAGAAUGAAAAAGUUAAAUUAGAUUCGUAGAUUUGGUAAAAUGACAUUUGAUUAAUAUUUUGAGAGUAGUAAGAGUAAAGCAUUGCUGUUAAAACUUGCAAUCCCAUUUAAAAAUGAAUAUUAUUUUAUAAUCUUCAGAUAGCCAAAUAAUUAUUCAUGCACCUGACAUUUUUUGGGUGUUUUUGUGUUUCUAUUGUUGAAAGUCUGAUAUGACUCAGUUGCAUAAACACAAACUAUGAUAUUUUCUCUAAUUUGUUUUAUUAUAUGCAUUCUCUCUUUAUACAUUAUGUUAUGUUUACUCUUCCAAAACAUUCCAGUGCACAGUAAUGUGCUCCUUUAAUAUAGCUUAGAUGAUACUGUAUUGUCUUCCAGUACUAUGUGAUGCUAGAACUCUUUUGUUUUAUAAAAGGGUUAAAACUUAAAAAAAAAUUCCUAAGGAUCAGUUCUUGCUGAAAGUAUUGAAGAUGAAACCUAAACUGAAUAAACCAUAACCACAAGUGUGAUUAAACCACCCUUCAUUCAACUGUGUAUAAAACUUGUGGCACAAAUUAUUUGGAUGAAUUUCUAAACUUCACUUGCUGUACAGGAAAUUUCUCUAUUUUUUACUACUAAACUGGAUUAUUAUAGUAAAGGUUAAUCUGUGAUUUCUUUAACACCAGCCAUUUCCCAACAAGGCAGGGUGACUCAGAAAGAAAAUGUACUAUAAAUUGAGUUAUAAAUACUCAGGUAACAUUAAUUUUUGUUUAUCUAAAACAAGUAAACAUGAUUUUUUUUGAGGCAUAGUUACCUCUAUCAGUCUUUGUUUACUGUUAAGGCUCAUGGCACUUAUGUUCAUGUUAGUAGUACAGUGAACCCCUGCUUAACGACUGCUCAUUGAACAUAAUUUCAAAUAACUGAAGAAAGCCUAGGACCAUCAUUCCCCCUGUCAACAAACUUACUUUUCUAUUGUAUUAAUUUGCAAUAAAAUUUCCUGCCUUUACUACCUCAUACCUACAUCAUCUGUUAAAAUGUGAAGAAACUGGGGAUAAUGUUUAUGGAUUUUUUGUAAUAUGCUGGCCAUGGUGA